UUAGAGUAAGGAAAAAACGAAGCAUCGCUUCUUUCUGUCUUUCUCUUUCUCUAACUUUCUCCGUCUCUGUACUAAAAAUCUUAAGACUUGUAAGAAUCCGUUUCUCUUUCGUUUCCCUCCAUAGAUUUCUAAACUUCCCUCUCAUCCAAACCCUAACCUUCGCUUGAUCGUAUCAACUCGUUUUCUCUUCAUUUUUUGUUAUUUAUUUAUUUUAUUUAUACUUCAUCAUCUGUACUCAUAGAUGAUUCUGGAACCUUCAUGAUUCUCCCUCUUCUUCAUGGGCCAACACCACUCUUACCAUGCCUGAGCUCCGUACCCGACCACGCAGAAACCGCUUUGUAGAUAACGUUAACCCGAACUCGAUUACCCAACCAGACUCGCCGGCCGCAGCCGGAACUCGUCGGAGGAAGAGAACCGCCGACGAAACUCCGGCCAGGAGGAAUCGGAAGCAGAAGAACGCGAUCGCCGUCAAUGAAAUCGGCAACGUCGUGAACAACGACAACGCCGGUGCCGUUCGUGAAAACACGGCCAGGAAGUUGAAGGAAGAGGAAGGAGAGAAGAAUAAGAAGAAGCCUCCCGUUAGGAUUUUGGAGGAGGAAGCCAUGGAUGAGUACGAUAGUGGUGGCCGUAGCGCAGAUAAGGCUCCGGGAGCUGAAGACGAAGGCACCACCGCUCCGCUUCCUGAGAAGGUCCAAGUUGGUGGUUCUCCGUUGUACAGAAUAGAGAGAAAACUUGGGAAGGGAGGAUUUGGGCAAGUUUAUGUUGGUCGGCGUGUAGGGGCUACAAAUUCUAGUGAACGGUCUGGUUCUGGGGCAAUUGAGGUAGCCUUAAAAUUUGAACAUAGAAGUAGCAAGGGGUGCAAUUAUGGACCUCCAUAUGAGUGGCAGGUUUACAAUGCUCUUGGUGGUAGUCAUGGUGUUCCACGAGUUCACUUCAAGGGACGGCAAGGUGACUACUAUAUAAUGGUCAUGGAUAUGCUUGGCCCUAGCCUGUGGGAUGUUUGGAAUAACAACUCACACACGAUGUCUACAGAAAUGGUGGCCUGUAUAGCAAUUGAGGCUAUCUCCAUAUUGGAGAAGAUGCAUUCUAGAGGAUAUGUGCAUGGUGACGUAAAACCUGAGAACUUUUUGCUUGGACCCCCUGGAACUCCUGAUGAGAAGAAGUUGUUUCUGGUUGAUCUUGGUUUAGCAACUCGAUGGCGUGAUAGUUCGACUGGCCUUCAUGUUGACUAUGAUCAACGUCCUGAUGUAUUCAGGGGCACAGUUCGAUAUGCUAGUGUGCAUGCUCACCUGGGUAGAACAGGUAGCAGGAGAGAUGACUUGGAAUCUCUUGCUUACACACUUGUCUUCCUUCUUCGUGGUCGGCUACCUUGGCAAGGAUAUCAGGGAGAAAAUAAAGGAUUUCUUGUCUGCAAGAAAAAGAUGGCCACUUCUCCAGAAACUCUAUGUUGCUUUUGUCCUCAACCUUUCCGGCAGUUUGUUGAAUACAUAGUAAAUUUAAAGUUUGAUGAAGAACCAAAUUAUGCAAAAUAUAUAUCCAUUUUUGAUGGAGUUGUGGGUCCAAAUCCAGACAUCAGGCCAAUAAACACUGAGGGCGCUCAGAAGCUUAUAUGUCAAGUUGGACAUAAGAGAGGGCGAUUGACCAUGGAAGAGGAUGAUGAUGAACAACCAAAGAAGAAGGUUCGAAUGGGAAUGCCGGCAACACAAUGGAUUAGUGUUUACAAUGCUCGACGUCCAAUGAAGCAAAGGUAUCAUUAUAAUGUUGCUGAUGUGCGGCUGUCCCAACACAUUGAGAAAGGAAAUGAAGACGGUUUAUUUAUUAGCAGUGUGGCUUCUUGUUCAAAUCUUUGGGCGCUCAUCAUGGAUGCUGGCACUGGUUUCACUGCACAAGUUUAUAAACUCUCUUCCUACUUUCUUCACAAGGAAUGGAUUAUGGAACAGUGGGAGAAGAACUAUUACAUAAGUGCCAUAGCCGGAGCUAGUAAUGGAUACUCAUUGGUCGUAAUGUCUAAAGGUACCCAGUACUUACAGCAAUCCUAUAAAGUCAGUGAUUCAUUUCCAUUUAAGUGGAUCAACAAAAAAUGGAGAGAAGGAUUUUAUGUCACUGCUAUGGCCACUGCUGGCACUAGAUGGGCAAUUGUUAUGUCCCGUGGGGCUGGUUUUUCGGACCAGGUUGUGGAACUUGAUUUCCUGUAUCCCAGUGAAGGUAUUCAUAGGAGGUGGGACAGUGGUUACCGCAUCACCUCAACUGCUGCAACAUGGGACCAAGCUGCUUUUGUUCUUAGUGUCCCAAGAAGAAAACCAGCUGAUGAAACUCAAGAAACACUCCGCACAUCUGCUUUUCCUAGUACUCAUGUCAAGGAAAAAUGGGCAAAGAAUCUCUAUAUUGCAUCUAUUUGUUAUGGGAGAACAGUGUCGUAAACUGCUGAAAUUGAGAUUCCAGCUGACAUCAUUUUGACCUCUGGGAUGAUCCUGAUUGCCUUACAUCUUCUAAAUGGGAACUGAAGAUCCUCUCACAAAUUUUCUGAACAAUGCAGACCAGCAUUGAUUAUCCGAAGUUUACAUGAUGGCUUCUCCGGGUCGGUCAUUUUGUUUGAUUCUUGUUCUAAAACCAAACAUUGAAAGAUGCACUUUUGAUUCUUAUGAGAAGUUGGCUAUCUAGAAGGUGAUAACUUGUAUACCUCUUCGUUAUUGACUUGUGUAUCACCAGAGUUUACUUGGACAUAUGAAGCAGCUUUGAUAACUGGCAGACUUUGGUUGGUCCACCACAGCGGUUAUGUUGCUGGACCAACCCAUAUGUCAAGGGAAGUCUGAAGCUGUUCAAGAAACUGAUGUUUUUGGAUCUAGUUACCGUAUGUGAUUCUCCCAUCCUUGUUCAAAUAUUAGAAUUUUCUCGGCUUAUAUGGGGUGAGGUAUUAUAAUUGAAUCCGAUGGAUGGCUUCAAUUUGUUACGAGCUGUUUGGCUCAACUCUUUCAAGGGAAAAUUCCAUAAAAUGUUAAGCCAAAUGCUAGUCGAGAGUUACCAUCCUUAAAUGUUGGCUGUCAACCAUUUGGGUGACUAUUGAUAAUCGGUGGGAUGUCCUAUGGGAGAAGAAAUCCAAAGUUCAUUAGCUGUAUAUUACCGUUAAAGUCUAUCUUUGUAUGAUUAGGUACAACUCCAUUUUAUACUUUUUGAGUAACCUAUUUAGUUAUGUGCGUCCCAGCCAUUCAGCAAACCGGAAAGCAAAAGUCCAAAUUGAUAUAUCCAUAUCCUGCUGUUCAAUUCAGGACUCGAAAUAUAGCGUGUGCAUAAUUGAGUGAUCCUGGCAGAGUGGGUAGUUGUGGAUUCUAUCACCUGUUCUCUAAUCAUCUCUAAUAUUUUAUGUAGUAUAGAAGAUGUCAUGGUUUCAACCAAACAAAGGGAGGAGCUAGCUCAUCACAUAAAUAAAAUUAAGAAUGAAAGAAAGGAGCCAGCUUUGAGCUAUGUAUUCCUGUCAUGACUUAAGAAGCAUCUUCGACACGACAAAAAAAGGCAUCGUUUUCACAACCGAAUUGGAUUGUUAGGGGAUAUGAAAUCUGUAGGCUGGACGGACGCAACCUUCAAAAUUCGAGUAUUGAAAGAUUGCUUUCAUUCACAUUCGUACAUUUCUUAUCUGAAUAAAUUUGAUUCCUGAUUUAUUUAAAUAUCCUGAUCUUGUCACAUUUAAUGUGUAAGGUUUCCAAAGGAUGAAAUGAGCAUACAACAUAUUUUUAUCUUCAAAUCGUUAAACAAAACUUAAUAUAUUUUACGUUGAGAAGCUUUAUUUCUUUAAUUUAUAUAAACGACUAUGAAUUAUAGGGGCAUAUCAGUGUAAUAUUUUAGAUUAAUAAUUACUGUUAAUUAUAUUUAAGCCUAAAAUAAUACUUCAAAAUUUUUCCUGUAACUUUUACUGUACUCACAAUAUAAAUAAAAUAUAUUGCUUCAUAUGAUCGAAUUUACGCAUAUUUAUGCUUUAAACUACAAUACAACGCUGAUUUAAUCACAAUAAUGCCAUAAUUGUCAAUCAGAUUCUUCUUUUAACGUCAAUUUCCCUUCUCUACAAAAAUUAUGAUAACAAAAAAAAAAAGACGCAUUUCAACUACAUCCAUUUUCCAAUAGCUUCACCAUUCAACAUCUACAGCAGUCCCAACCAAUAACUAAUAGGGCGGGAAAGGGGUUUACAUGUUAAAGCUAUCAAAUUUGCAUGAACAAGCACGAAAAUCAACUCAAGUUGUCAUGAGCUAGUUGCUUUCUACUAGGCAUCUAGGUCGU